AUGGAACAUGAAGCUACCCAACUAGAAAAGCAGCACGUGCAUAGCGUGUAUGAAAAUACAGCCGCCUACUUUAAUGAUCUGCAGAGCAAAGCAUGGCCCCGUGUCCGAAACUUUCUGCUGGAGCAGAAGCCUGGCAGUCUUGUUGCUGAUAUAGGUUGUGGAACUGGAAAGUAUCUCAGUGUCAACAGUCAGGUGUAUAAUCUUGGCUGUGAUUACUGUGGACCAUUGGUAGAAAUUGCAAGGAAGAAAGAUGAAGAAGUUCUGGUGUGUGACAACCUUAACCUUCCCUUCAGGGACCAGUGCUUCAAUGCAGUCAUUUCCAUUGGAGUGAUCCAUCAUUUCUCAACUAAACAAAGAAGAAUCAAAGCAAUAAAGGAAAUGGCAAGGGUAUUGAUACCCGGAGGCCAAAUGAUGAUUUAUGUUUGGGCUAUGGAACAAAAGAAUCGUCGCUUUGAGAAACAAGAUGUAUUUGUUCCAUGGAACAAGGCCUUGUGCUCACGUCAUUUUUCAGAAUCAAAUCAAUCUGGAGAUAAGGGUGAGUUUGUGCAUGCUGUAAAAAGCCAAGAUACACAUCCUGCACAGCUAGUCAUCUCUGAUUGCAGCUACCAAACCAAUCUCCAGCCAGAAACUGACUCAAAACAUUCCCACAAUAUGGACCAUUGCUUGUCCAGAGCCUGCUGCAUGAAAAUUUCUGAAGGAGAAAACAGAUUUUACAGUGCUUUAGGAAGAUCUUUCCGCUCAUGGUUUUUCUCUACAUCCCUUGAUGAAUCAGCCCUGAGAAAGCAAACCGACAAAAUGAAGUCUCUGAAGAAUGAAGGAGAAUGGGCAAACAGUACUGUACCUGUUCAGCAUUCGCGACAUUGUAGUUUGGAUUUAGGUCACCAUGGGGCACUGUUAAAAGAACAAAGUUUAGAUGAUGAUGACGUGUUUGUGGAAAGCCUGUCUCUCAAAAAACCACAGUGGUCACCAGCCACAGAUGCACUGAAGGACUUAAGUUUAAAUGGAGGACACCAAAGUGUUGCUCAGAUCAAGAGUGAAGAAACUUCAUGUAUAAAUGGCCCACUGGAAGACAGGGACUACAGCUGCGGUUGUAAUAAGGAUGGUGCUGGUAAGUCUAAUGCCAGCAAGUUUUUCAAAAGAACUUCAACAACUGACUCCACUGACUCUGCUUUGGAUUCAGCAGUGUCUGUUGGGGACCAAACUGAUGCCACAUUGGAUACAAAAGCCUUUAUGCGUUAUUACCAUGUUUUUCGAGAAGGGGAGCUGUGCUCUCUGGUAGAAGAGAAUGUGCCUGAGCUUCAGAUACUUUCUUCCUGCUAUGACCAUGGAAACUGGUGCAUUAUUGCAGAAAAAAGAGGAACAUAG